AAUAAUGUUAUUAUUGCGUUCCGUAUAAAACAAAGUGUAAACAUGUUUUGAUGUCUUUUAUAUAACUAAUGAGUUUAUUUUUAGUGCGAUUCGAAAGUAAUAAUUGCUACGUGGUUUGGAACGUCAAGUGAAUGUACCCAUCAGCGAAUGAAUUACAAAAAAAAGUUUUAUUUUUCUUAUAUUGGUACGAGAUUUUAUUGAUUGUUUUCUUUCAAGAUUUUCGGCCAGACGGCGAUUGAAAUUGCAAGUUUCUGUGAUAUAUUUAUUUUCAAUAAUUAACUUUUCUUAUCAAGAUAUUAAAUGAUCAGGGAUAUCGAGUUAUGUCUAUAAGUAAUGGAAGGAACGGAACUGGGUGGCGACCAGCAAUUUUGUUUGAGAUGGAACAAUUUUCAAGCGAAUAUAACAUCUCAAUUCGAGGCACUGCGCGAUGAUGAGGAUUUCGUGGAUGUCACCCUGGCAUGCGAGGGACACAGGCUAGAAGCUCAUAAAGUGGUAUUAUCAGCGUGUAGCCCUUAUUUCAAGGAACUAUUUAAAAACAACCCAUGCCCUCAUCCAAUAAUAUUUAUGCGGGACUGCGAGGUGUCACAUGUGCGUGCUCUGCUUCAGUUCAUGUAUGUUGGCCAGGUGAACAUUGCACAGGCACAACUCAGUGCCUUCCUGAGGACAGCUGAUGCUCUACAAAUUCGUGGUUUAACAGACUGCUCACAACACAACGAUAAAAAAACAAGCCGCAAAUCUCCACCUUCACAGCUACGUAAUUUACUGAGCGCUAAGCCGUCACAUUCUACCUCUUCUUCCAAAGCCGCAAGCCAAAAUGUGGAAUCUACUGUUGAUGAUCAAGAAAAGAACACGAAUCGUUCUGCUAGGAAUUCUCCCGAAGUGCCCAGAAAUAAUCUCAGCGAAGAUGCUCCAUUUCAAAGUUCUAGUCAAACGAGGCCUAAUAACGAAGACUAUAGCCAAACUUGUAACUAUCCCACUUUAAGGGUGAAAACUGAUCUCGAAGUGACAGAUGUUAAUAAUGAUGAAAGUGAUAUUCUUAUGGACCCCGGCGAUGCAGAGAGAGAAAGCAAGUGCCAAGACUUCACUGUGACAGAUUUAUUGGAACCAAAAAUGGAAGUCAUGGAACAAGAAGCAAGCGAUGAGGAAAGAUCAAGUUUACAGCAAAUGUAUUACAAUGAUAAUAAUUCACUUGCGAAUCCUUUUGCGACUUUACAAGGUAGUGUGGAUCUUAUGGCAGGGAUGAACUCGGACCUAAACGAGAACGCUGAAGGUCGAUGGGACAGCAGGAGGAACAGGCCGGUGCCAGACGCGGUGUGGUUGGAGCAACAUCGGCGGGCGUUACCAUUCGUGCUCAAGAGGGAAAAUGAACGAGUUGCCGCCCCUAGGCUUAUAACGCUCGGCGAGGGGGUCGAGAUACGCGAGGACCUGCUGCGGGGAGUGAAGUGGGGCGACUACAGGAAGGUGACGCGGGGGCUGGCGGCCGCGCUGUUCUCGCCCAUCGAGCUGGCCACGUGCUCCGUGACGGGCCAGCGCUGGUCGCGCGCGGGGCAGGAGUCGCGGCCCACCAAGCCGCCGCUGGACCGGCGCCGGGUGCACGCGCUCAUCUCGUACGUCAGCAGGCAGUUCCCCGAGGUCGAGGUCAGCCGCAUCAAGCAGGUGCUGGCCUACAAGUGCAAAGAGAACUGCGCAGCGCUGAGGAUGAGGACGGCCAGCGAGUCCAGCAACUACCUGCUGAGCGCGGCGGGCCGGGCUCCGCCCUGCGACGACGGGCCUCCGCCCCCGGCGCCGCAUCACCCGACCACGACCAGGCCUUCCUACUCCAACUUGUAUGUAUAUUGAUCUGUUAUCAGCCUGCGGGGCUGAGCUUAACACUGUAAACGAAGUUGGCUCAUAAAAAAUGGCAGUUUUGCAAAUUAACCAAUUUUAUUUACUUAUUGCUCACCGCACACAUGUCUCUGUCUUACAAGGGCUCAGGAUUCAAAAAGAUCCGCGGUUGUCUCAGGUCUGCCACCAAAGAAUCCUGAAAUAUUUUGGGCACAUUGCUGACGGGGAAAGACGGAUAGGCUGAAUCGACCGUAACCGAUGGAGCCGUCCUGUCGACAAAGAAUGAGACAGAAAUAUGCAUACUAUUGAAUUGAAAAUUUCUUUAUCAUCGUUGUGAUUUGAAAGUCGAUAAAACGAAAAAGCGACAGUAAAAAGAGCAGUCACAUUAAUUCAUAUAAUAUUGGGAGAUAAUGAGAUAGGAAGCAUAAUACAAUGUUUUGGUACCAGGCGAUCAUAGUUAAAGACGAGAUUGUCUAAAGUAUGGCGCGAGUAUACUUUUAUAUAUUCUGACUCCAAGCGCACCACGUAAUACUACAUAUACACCAGGAGAACAUAUUAUUAUAUAUAUUAGUGGUGGUAGGAAUGUUUUUCAUAGCGGUUGAAAUCAUGUGUCAUCCUAGCAACACGUACUAGGAAUUCAUAUGCAGUUUAGAGGUUCAUGCACCAUGUAGGUUUCACUUCUGACCUGUGUACUUUGUACGCACGCAAUGUUUCUUUUUUAUUUAUUAUAAACAUACA